GGAGUCACAGUGUCUACACUGCUGAACAAGCCUACUUCUAAUCUACGCUGGGAUAGAAGAAAGAAAAAGCACUUUUAGGAUGCUAUCGUGCUCUUUGUAAAGUUGCACAGUAAAGCAGGCCUGAUUGUGUCUUGCACACACACAUUAUUUAUUGUGGGAAGCUGGCAUGUUUCCUCUUGAGUUCUUUACUGAGGGCAACAGCUGGCAGUUCCCUUUGCUCCUAUCUCACACCCGGACACACCCUCCGCUGGCACACUGAACUCUCUGUUUCUCUCUCUCUCUUUUUUCUCCCUCCACAUGGACCCUCGGCCCCACAUGAGUGCACAAAGAGAAGUCUAUUUCCCACUAAAUUAGAUUUGCUGGAGGAAAGAGGUUUGCGCUGUUGAAGCUCACCCAGACUGCUGUAAUAUUUAGCUUUCAUGCGUGUGUGUGUGUGUGUGUGUGUUAGUUGUUCUGCGACGUAUCUAUACUUCACCAUAUAGAUCGAACAAUGACUGGCUUCAGUUUCUGUGUUAGCAAUCGAGCGAGCUGGAUGCUGGAAGCUGCCGAAUAGUGCCACUUUUGUGAAAACACUCGAGACUCUGGACUAAAGAUGGACUUGAGCUCAUGUUGUUGGAGGCUGAGAUGUUGGGGAACGAGAGAUCCCAUGUUCCUCCCUGGAGUGAGUUUCCCACCUGACUGGCCCGUCUACAGAGAGACACUCAUUAAACUCAGCGUCUACGGUGUGAACGACGGUCUCCAGCAGACGAGCAACUUCUUGGGAAGUAGCAGUUUCUCCGUGGCUGAUCUCCUCCAGUCCAAGGACCAGCAGCUUUCUCUCAGCUUGAGGACAGCAGAUGAUUCAGCUACAGUGGGCACAGUGGUGGUGAGCCGGAUGAAGAUGGGUGAGAUCGAAGAUGGUGAGGUGGACCACAUUACCGCCGACAUGCACCAGAAGUGCACGCUGGUGUACGAGUCGUCACAUGGAAGGAUUAAUGACCAAGAUAAUGGACCAAUAAUGAAUGCAGUGUUUAAGAACGCGGUGUGUAAGGUCUACAGGUUUCAGACGGUGGACAGUAAAUGGAUGUUGGUUCGGGAACAGAUGGCGGAGUGUACGCUGUCCUUCAGCGUCCCGAAGCAGCUCAUCGCCCUCUACAUUCAGGAGGACACCUGCAGGAUACAAGAGCUGAAAGAUCUAGGAGAGCUCUCUCCACACUGGGACAACCUCCGGAAGGACGUGAUCUCUCGCUAUGACCAGAUCAUCAAAGAAUACCAGGACACGCUGGCGGAGCUGGAGAAACUUACUGGCCCGUUGUUCAAGCCCAGCUGCAGCAAAGGCCAGAAAUAUCUGGAGUUCAUUCCCAUCAACCUGCACACACAGAGAAUGCAGGUGACGUGUCCAAGGAAAACAGAUUCCUUCUAUGAUGUGGUCACAGUAGGAGCUCCGGCAGCCCAUUCGCAAGGCUUCAAGAACGGAGGCUUGCAGAAACUACUCAGCAAAUAUGAAACCGAGAAGAAGAGCUACAGCACGGCGUAUCAGUGCAUUUACUAUCCUCCAGAGCAGACGGCCAAGGCCCGCGAGAUCCUGUGUGUGGUGUCCCAGCUGCAGCCGCACAUCUCUGCGCUGGCCGACCAGCUGCUCCAGACGGCCCAGAAGAGCCCCAUCCAGCCUCUCCGGGACGUCCUGAAGAGCCUGGAGGAGAAGACGGAGCAGUUUGUUCAUGCUCUGAAGGAUGAGCUGGUGAAGAGUGCCCUCCUGGCGCUGCAUGCCGCCCGUCCUGGAUACGUCAGCAAGAGUCAGACUUCUGCUCCGUCCAGCCCACACCCCGGAGCCACCGAGGAGCCACACAGCGUCUGUAACAAUGUGGACGGCUCUCAGACCACGCCGAAAGAGAGCCGAGCGUCUCCCGUCCGCGCCGACUCCAUCCCGCACCACAAGGAGUACGACGAGGAGGAAUGGGACAGGGUCUGGGCCAGUGUGGCGAAGAGUUUGAACUGCGUCAUCGCCCUGGUGGAUAAACUACAGGAACAAGACAACAACAACCUGGAAUCAGCGCCCGGCCACACGCUCGCUGACGUCAUCACCUCACACAGUCCCGAUCCUCCCCUGACAGCUGAAGUUUGGCAGGAUCAGCUUGGUGUGGUGGUUCAGACGUUGAAGGAGUCUGUGGCAGAAGUGGCAGAGAGAGCCAGGCGCUCCGUGAGCUUCAUCCUGCUCCAGGAGGCAGUGUGCAGCACGGCACAGGGCCUGCAGCUGCAGCAGAGACGGGACGCUGUCUUCAGUCAGGCACUGGCUGCGCUGGCAUGUGGAUUUGUCAUGCGAUUAUACGCAGGUUUGGAAGAUAAGGGCUUUCUCAGACAGCUUCAUGCCGUUGGGCUGGUGGCCCAGUUUGAGAGCCUGCUGAGCACUUACAGUGAAGAAAUAGGGAUGCUGGAGGACAUGGAGGUGGGGAUCAGUGACCUGCACAGAGUGGCCUUCAGGAUCACAGAGGCGGCGUCUGAGGAAGCAUUCAGCAUGCAGCCCACCGUCAGCGGUAGACGAGACCGUUACACUGUCGAGGUGCCUCUCCCACAUCAUGCCUUCCAAGUGCUCCCGGAUGAGCUGCGCCAGGGCAAGCCACUACACGUGCUCCCCGUGCUCUUCAACGUGGGCAUCAACGAGCAACAGACCAUCGCUGAGAGAUUCGGUGACAUAUCUUUACAGGAGAGAAUAAACCAGAAGAACUUUGAGAUUCUAGAAGGUUACUAUAAAUCCUUAACCAACACGGUGUCAUCUGAAUGCCUGCCUUGUUUUCAGACACAGACAGACAUCAGGGAGCUGCUCGACAGCCUCGGCCACAAUGUAGUCACCAAGAAAAGGAAGAAUGUGGAGAUCCUGUGGCUUGCGGGAAUGAUCUGUCGACGGAUUAACGGUAUCCGCUUCACCAGCUGUAAAAGUGCCAAAGACAGGACGUCCAUGUCAGUGACCCUGGAGCAGUGCUCUCUGCUGCGGGACGAGCACCAGCUCAAUAAAGAUUACUUCGUGCGAGCUCUGGACUGCAUGCGGAGAGAAGGCUGCCGGAUUGAGAAUGUGCAAAAGAAUAUAAAGUGCCGAAAAUACGCUUUCAACAUGCUCCAGCUGAUGGCCUUUCCCAAAUACUACCGGCCACCUGAAGGGACAUACGGCAAGGUGGACUCCUGAACACACUGUAUAUACACAUUGAAAUCUGGGAUUCAGAAUUAACUUAGAAAUGUAAUUUAGAAAAUCCAGGAGGGAUGGGGAGCAUUUAAUAAUAUAUUUUAUUUUGAAAUAUAAUUUAAUGACAGCAGCACUUCAUAUACCAAAUACUUCUUUUAAUACAUAAUGUUUGAAUUUCCCCUCACCAUUUUAUGGUAAUAAUAAAAUCUCAGACUCUUGGACCCUGCUGUACAUAUUCACACACACGCACACAGGAACAGAAACGCUUUUUUUUGUUGAAUAUAUUAAAACAAAAGGCCUACUGUAAAGGACAUGUUCUUUAAUUGUUAAUUUAAUUGUUUCAAGAAAUGAAUGCAGUGCAUUAUUUAAAAACAAUUUUAAAAUACUCAAUGUGAACAUUAUUUACAUGUAAAUAACAUAGUAAAUAUUCAUUAUUUACGUGUAAUGUGUACAAAUGUUUUCUUUCCAAAGCGAAAAGCGCGCGAUUUGCAGGAAUUUGUAGCUUUGAAUGCCAAGUAAAUGGAUUGCAGGCCUGUCGUAUCAGUUGACAUUCAUCACAUGUCUGUCUAUAUGUGUCUCAUGACCACAGAUUGUUCUUUUGUUGUAAUUGGUUUCUUUUUGUACUGAAGUAUUUCUGAAGGUGUGUACUGUAUGUUUUAUAUUCGUGUUGGUAUAUAAAGCCAUUUCACUUUAAGUUUU